AUGCAGAACCUGAGCUUUUCACGAGGUGUACCUGUCGACUCUGCGCCAUCGCGACCAGCUCUGCAAGCUCCUCGCGCCGUCCAAUUUACGAUUCCAUGGCAGUCCAAAGACCACAAACAGCGUAGCAUCAGCAGAGGGCCGUCGUUAGCUCCUUAUACAGCACCCAAACGACGCCGGCAACCUGCAAUACCACCACCUCGGAGACGCACCGUAGCACGCCCAGGGUGGAACGACGACGUAAAGCAAGGAGUGUACUUUGAUCAAGCUUUGGCCAAGACCAAGAUGUUCAAUGCCCCAAAAAAACACCGCGACAUGGUCGAGCAUAAAUCCGUGCUCUCCGCGUCGCAGCCUCGGGCCUCCGUGUCCUUGACCUACGCCCCAACGAAACAGAACAAAGCUGCGCUACCGACCAAGUCCAAACCAGCAAUCCCACCACCUCGAGCAUCUAGGUCGUCAGCUCCACGUUCGUCCACGACGCCCCCCGCUGCCCCCAACCGCCCAGUGCCAUCGGCGACCAUCCCCACCGGCCCCAACUCUCAAACAUCUACCGCGUUCAUUGCACCUCUUUCUUCCAGCAGUUCUCACAUAAUUGAACCCUCAUCGGCAUCCUUCUUAUCACCGUCCGAGUCGACUGCCAUGGAGAAUCUUCGUCGUAACAUUCCAGAUCGGACCUCUCCGCCGUCGCCAUCCCCCGUGCUUGGGAGUGCCAACCAAGAGGACAAGGACGACCAUAUAGCGUUUCCAUCGUUUCCUCCGCCGCCGUCGUCGCAGAUGUUUUCCUUGUCGCAGGAACAACAGUCAUCAACAGCACCCACAACUAUAACGCUGAACGUGCCGUUGAUUCAAAGUACAUUUCGCGCGAUGGACCUCAAGCGAAAGGGCACACUGCACGCCCGGGAGAUUCACCAAGGCCUGCAGCUCCUGGGCAUCGCCACGACCAUGCGACAGAUUGCCGACUACUUGUACUUGGUGAACGACGGCCAAGGCGAUACGAUUGACAUACACGACUGGACAACACUCGUGCAAACGUUGCAGUCGUCGGCGUGGCGACGCAUUCAAGACAUGUUUGGGCGCGCCGAAGCGGCGGUGGCCACGCGAUGGAACAAUCAGCAAUCCACCACGGCCAACGACAACCCGCCAACCGAAUUCCUUCGGCGCGCCGCCUCCGUCGUACAUGGCUUCAAGUCGAGUUUGUAUCCCUUGGUACACCAAGCCGACGAAACCCUUCGAGCGAUCCAAGAGCGUCAUGCUGGGGGCCACCUAUCCUUGAUCUUAUCCCGACACGAGUUGGCGUUGGUGGCCCACCACGCCGAAGACUUUUGCGAUUUACUCGUGGACGACCUCUUGCUGGAUGCAGCAGUAUCGUUGACCGACACGGAGCAGGCCAAGGCUCGAUACGCUACAGAACGAACCAAAAGGCAGCAAUUGCACGAUCUGUUGGCCAUGAUCAACGAGAUUGAAGCGAUGGAAGACGCAGUGGCCACCGCCUUGUCGCAUCCUCGUUCGACAAAUUACGAUGAAGCAGCCACGCCAUGUAAACUAUCGCUGGCGGUAGCAGCAGCAGCAGACCAACUCACGACAGACAUGCCAAUAACGAAAUCGAGUAAACCAAUCGACUUGGAAACGUUCACAGACCCCUUGGCCAGAUGGGAGCAACGGACUGUGUGUACGAGCAAUGUGGCGCCAAUCGCAGAGAGCCUCGAGAAGCAUCGGCAAGCGUUCUUACGAUGUCGGCGCAUUGCAGAAGCGUCGCUGGUCGAUACGGGGAUGGCGCAGCCCGUGGUGAUUGAAUUAUUGGAAGGAAUGUUGGUGGACGAUCUCGUCGACGCCCUCGUCGUGGAAUUGGACAACUGCUUUCACACGUUGAGCGACAAGAUUGUGCACACUGUCUGA